UAAACAUAAACUAUUUCAUCUAACUAAAGGAAGCAGGAAGAUAAAGAAAAAUGGCCAGGAUUGCAAAUGGUGUUGGAAUCGUUGGUCUUUUAAUAAUUUUCAUGUUGAUUUGGGGAGGAAUGCCAAAGGGACAUGCUCAACAGUCUGGUGCUUAUUGUGAGAAGACACCCAGCACGUUAGCGGCACCUGGGAACUGCUUUAAAAGUAAUGGUAACGCAUUGUGUAAAGAGUCUUGCCGCAAUGAAAAGUAUAAAAACGGCGCAUGUCUACAUCUACCGAAGCCACGGUCAAAACUCAAAUGCUACUGCUGGUUUAUGGCUGAUGAAUAUAAAUGUCCCAAACUUUCUUUGUAAGCCUAAUACUUCAAAACCUUGCCGUGUUUCUUUUCUUUUAAGAACUUCGCUUAAAUAAACUUUACUACGUUAAACCUCUAAUCUCUUUACCAAAACAGAAGAAGGGAUGAGUAUAAUAUAUAUUCCGAAUCUUAUGUUUAAAUCCAAACUACCUUUGUUUACGAGCAAUUACAAUAACUAAUUGAUUUUUACUACA